CUUGCUCAUGAAGUUGAGAACCAUAAUCCCACUCCUAUUUCUCUUCUACACUUGUGUUUCAUCUCAACCAAUAAACAGAGAUGAAGCCUCAAUCCUCCUCUCAAUAAAGGCAAGCUUCAUUGAUCCACUAAACCAUCUCAACACAUGGGAAUCCAGCACCAAUGCCUCCCUCCACUGCAGCUGGAGUGGAGUGCAAUGCAGCCUCAACGGCGCGGUCGUGGAGCUCAACCUCUCCCACAUGAACCUCUCUGGCCGAGUCCCGGACGAAAUCCAGCUGCUUCAAAGCCUCACCUCUCUCAACCUGAGCUCCAACGCGUUCGCCUGCCCGUUGCCAUUGUCCUUGGCCAACCUCACAGCGCUCGAGGCCAUCGACCUCAGCCAGAACUACUUCACUGAUCAGUUCCCAUCCGGCCUCGGAUCAGCACCAGGGCUAGUGUCUGUCAAUGCCUCGGGUAACAACUUCUCCGGCUACCUCCCCAGGGAUCUUGCAAACGCGACACUCUUGGAGAGCCUCGACGUCAGAGGGAACUUUUUCCAAGGCAGCAUUCCAACAGCUUACAUGAGUUUGAACAGAUUGAAAUUUCUUGGCCUCUCUGGGAAUAAUCUCACUGGCAAAAUACCAUUAGAGAUUGGUGAGAUGACAUCUUUGGAGACUGCUGUGUUGGGAUACAAUGAGUUUGAAGGUGGGAUUCCAUCACAGUUUGGAAACCUCAGUAGCCUCAAGUAUCUUGAUCUUGCUGUAGCGAAUCUCCGAGGCCGGAUCCCAGCAGAGCUCGGAGAGCUGAAGGAGCUCACCACAUUGUUCUUGUACAAGAACAAUCUUGAAGGGAGGAUCCCACCUGAGAUCAGUGGCAUGGCCUCACUGCAGCUGCUCGACUUGUCUGACAACGCAUUGUCUGGGGAAAUCCCGGCCCGGAUAGGCGAUCUCAAAAACUUGCAGCUGCUGAAUCUCAUGUGCAAUGAGCUCUCUGGUGCAGUUCCUGCAUCCAUCACUACACUGACUCAGCUAACAGUGCUUGAGCUAUGGAACAACACAUUUUCGGGUCCGUUGCCACGUGAUCUAGGCAGGGAUAUGCCUCUGCAGUGGCUGGAUAUCUCAUCCAACUCAAUCACUGGCCUCAUCCCAACCACUCUCUGCAGCAGGGGUAACCUCACAAAGCUCAUCCUCUUCAACAACGCGUUUUCUGGCCCGAUUCCAGCCAGUCUAUCGACAUGUACAUCGUUGGUUCGAGUGAGGAUGCAGAACAAUCUCCUAUCUGGGACAAUCCCAGUUGGAUUUGGGAAGCUUGGGAAGCUUCAAAGGCUUGAACUAGCAAACAACAGCCUCACAGGUCAAAUCCCAACUGAUCUCUCCACUUCCACUUCUCUCUCCUCCAUUGACAUAUCAAGAAACCACCUCCAGUCCUCAUUGCCUCCCUCCAUCCUCACCAUCCCAUCUCUGCAAAGCUUCAUUGCCUCGGGAAACAGCUUGACGGGAGAGAUCCCGGAUCAGUUCCAAGACUGCCCUUCCCUCUCUGUGAUGGAUCUCUCCUCCAACCAUUUCGUUGGAAGCAUUCCAACCAGCAUAGCCUCGUGUGAUAAGCUCGUGAAUCUGAAUCUCCGAGACAACGAGCUAAGCGGGGAGAUCCCGAAAUCCAUUGCCAAGAUGCCUACAUUGGCUGUUUUGGAUCUAUCAAACAACUCUCUAACUGGAGAAAUUCCUCAAGAUUUUGGCAACUCACCAGCAUUGGAGAUGCUCAAUGUCUCUUACAACAAGCUAGUAGGAGCAGUCCCUUCGAAUGGUAUGCUGCAUACCAUCAAUCCCGAUGAUCUAGCUGGUAAUGUUGCUCUGUGUGGCGGCGUGCUCCCACCUUGCUCAAAGAAUGCAGCAGCAUUUGCAUCAAACCUGGAGAAGAAGAAGCACAUUGUUAGAGGAUGGAUAAUAGGCCUCUCAACUCUAGUAGCUCUCUUCGUAGCUGGUGUUGGUGUCCGGUUUCUUUACCCGAUUUGGCAAGAUGAAAGCAGCAGCUUCUGCUUCAAGGAGAGGCUCGAACGAGCCAAUGGAGCUUGGCCAUGGAGACUGAUGGCGUUCCAGAGGCUCGGCUUCAACAGCAGCGAGAUUCUUGCCUCCGUAAAGGAGUCAAAUGUGAUCGGGAUGGGGGCAACUGGGACGGUCUACAAGGCCGAGAUACAGAGGCUCAACACAACUGUUGCUGUCAAGAAGCUCUGGAGAUGGAGGAAGAGUGAUGGUGAUGAUGAUGUUGAAGUAGGAGGGAGUGAUGAUCUUGUGGGAGAGGUGAAUCUGUUGGGAAGAUUGAGGCACAGGAACAUCGUGAGGCUGCUCGGAUUCCUUCACAACGACUCUGAUGCAAUGAUCAUCUACGAGUUCAUGGUGAAUGGCAGCCUUGGAGAGGCGUUGCAUCGGAAGAAGGCAGGCGUUCUGAUGGUGGAUUGGGUUACAAGGUACAACAUUGCAAUUGGAGUUGCUCAGGGCCUUGCUUACCUCCACCACGACUGCCACCCGCCUGUGAUCCACCGCGAUGUGAAGUCGAACAACAUCCUUCUCAAUGCCAAUCUUGAAGCAAGAUUAGCAGAUUUCGGGCUGGCCAAGAUGAUGAUGAAGAAGAAUGAGACAGUCUCUGUUGUUGCAGGAUCAUAUGGAUACAUAGCACCUGAGUAUGGUUACACACUCAAGGUCGAUGAGAAGAGCGAUAUCUACAGCUAUGGGGUGGUUCUGAUGGAGCUCGUGACUGGGAAGAGGCCGUUGGAAGAGGCGGAGUUUGGAGGAUGUGUGGACAUUGUGGAGUGGAUAAGAGGAAAGACUAGGAAGGAGGGAGGUUUGGAAGAAACUCUGGAUCCUAGCAUAUGCAACGCGAAACAUGUCGCGGAAGAGAUGCUGCUGGUUCUGAGGCUCGCGAUUCUCUGCACUGCGAAGCAGCCCAGGGAUCGCCCCUCGAUGAGGGACGUCGUGUCCAUGCUUGCUGAGGCCAAGCCGCGAAGAAAGACUGCUGCCAGUGACGAAAACAGAGCAGUGUUCACUGCUGCUUCAUCAUCUGUGAAUCAUGUGUGAUUAGUUCUUUUUAUGUUUUGAAUUUGUUCUGUAAUUAGGUUCCUUGAUUCUUUUCUUCAUCUUUUUGUAUGAUCUUGUAACAUAGAAGAGUUA